AUGAGGGGCCUGUGGGGAGCCACCCAGCGCCUCGCCAGGAGUGGAUGGAGAUUCUGGCACUCAGGAAUAUGCAAAGUGCUUGUUCCUUUGCAGGCUGCCUGGGAUGCCUUCUGCCAGCCUGUCCCAGCCAGCUAUGGUCAGCUGCUAACCCAGCUCCUCCUUUGUGGACCCCUGGCUAUGGCUGCCACAGGUCUGAUUCAUCAUUGGCUGGUCUCCUCUCAGCUUUACCCUCUGGGACCCUCAGCUGGGGUGACGACUGUCUGUGGCCUCCUGCUCUUCCUCAGCCUGGGCCUGAUGCCCCCAGUCCGAUGCCUGUUUGCGCUUAGUGUGCCUAUCCUGGGCACCGAACAGGGCCACCGGCUUCUCCUGUCCUACAGUGCUACCACCCUGGCCGUUGCUGUGGUGCCGAAUGUCUUGGCCAACGUGAACGCGGCAGGGCAGGUGCUGAGAUGUGUCACUGAGGGCUCCCUGGAGAGUCUGCUCAAUACCACACAGCAGCUGCACGAGGCGUCCAGGCUGUUGGGCCCCAAAGGCCAAGCCGGCAGCCGGGGGCUGACAUUGGAGGCCCAGGGCAAUGGCUCUGCCUUCCGCCUGCAUAUGCUCAGGGUCACUCAGCAGGUCCUGGAGGACUUUUCUGGCCUGGAGUCCUUGGUCCGGAUGGCAGCUCUGGGGACCCAGUGGUUGGCCACUGGCCUGUUUAUUCUAGGCCUCUUCCUGGAGUCGGCCUGGUACCUCCAUCGCUACCUUUCGGACCUGCAGUUUGACAACAUCUAUGCAACUCAGAAGCUGGCUCAGCAGCUGGCACAGGCCAGAGCCACACAUCUGCUAGCCCAUUCACCCUCCUGGCUGCUGCAGACGGCCCAGCCGAAGCUGUCCCAAGAGGAACUGUGGAGCUGUGCGUUGAGGCUGGGGCUGCUGGGGCUGCUCAUGGUGGCCACAGCCGCGACAGUGGCCACAGACCACGUGGUGUUUCUCCUGGCUCAGGCAGCCGUGGAUUGGGCUCAGCAGUUGCCCACUGUACCUGUCACACUUACAAUCAACUAUGACGCAGCAUACACAGCCCUGGGCUUCAUCCCCUUCCUCUUCAACCAGCCUGUGCCCCAGAGCCCCUGGGUCUCUACGCACGGCUCCUACCAGUGGGAGUUGCACCUCACCUCCGGCCACUGUCCACUGCUGCCCGCCCAACAACCCUGUGCCGCAGGCCCCCUGGCUGCUGGCACCCUGCAGCUCCUAGCGGGUGGCACCGUGCUGCUGCGCACCUACGCCCGGCGCCUGCGGCACAGCAUUGCUGCCUCCUUCUUCUCUGCCCAGGAAGCCCGACGGGUCCAACAUCUGCAUGCUCGGCUCCAGCAAAAGUACAGUCAGCGUCAAGGCCGGCCGCUGCCCCUGGGGGCUCCUUCCUCUCCCCGGAUCCCCUCCUCAGGAUGGACAUGA